GCGAUCGUGCUUCCGGAGCUUCGUCCCUUCGUGCCGUCCCAAUGAGUUACGGUCGUGUCUCCUAUUUCGGCCUCCCCUCCAGCAUCCCCACCCUUUGGCAGUCUGCGCGGGCCCCUACUCUCUCCUACCGUAUCAAGGAAAACAGUGUGCCGCUAUUGAGAGAAGAGAAGUGGGACGUGUGGUGGGAGGACUACAUCGAGCUCACUUUCUGUCUAUUGGAGAUAAAGUUCCGCUGGUCAGAAGCGGCCCCGUUUGGAGAAGGACCAGAGCACCCAGAGGACAGCGUGGAGCUUCUGAUCAUCCAAGCCUGGAGAACGGCGGAGCAGGGCGAUCUGCUGGGAUUCGUAUACGGGAAGGUGGAGGAGGGCAAUCUCACAUUGAUCACGGACGAGUUGCUGGUGUUUCUGACUCAGCUGGUGGAUGAUCUGCCCCUAGACAUCUUGUCACGCAAUGACGAGCAGCCUGGCACCCACGUGCUGUCUCGAACGCUCGAGCCACACCUUGUGUGGUCCACGUGUACGGAGAUUGACGAGGACAAUUGUCUCUAUCCCUCCCAGGCGCUUUACUUGGAGAUCGACGUUACCAAUCUCACGUUUUGGGACCCGAUCGCGAGGAGAAACGCGGCGCAGGACGAUGAGAUAGGAAGGGCAGAGGAAGAGGAGGAAGAAGAGGAGCCAUCGAGUGAAGAACGGGACGAUCCGGACUACAUCCCGGAAAAAGAAACGGGGAUAGUUAGCAGAUCGAGCCAGCCGCGUAAAAAGAACGAAGAAGAGGAAGAGCAGAGGAAGCGAAAGCGCCAGGAGGCCGUGGAGGAAAAGCGACCCACGAUAAACGUUUCUCCUAUCGAUCCAUUGAUCGGGGAUCCGUGGCGUGAUCCGGAGCCGCCAGAAGAAGAAGACAAUGGAACCGCAGCAGAGGGAUCGCGGAGAAGAAGAAGAAGAAGUGAAUCGCCAGCUUCCUUUGGCUCCCCGUCCCGGUCCUCCAUUCGUCUACAUUAAGAUCUCGGCGUUCGGGCUUCGUCCCAGGUUGUUCUCUAGCCGACCCCGUGACUACCUCAUGCUUACCCGUC